AUGGUCACCUCCUUUUUUGCGCGGACUUGCAGACACCCGGCCUACUACCUCUCGGGUUCAUGGAACAAUUGGGGCCCUGGUGGCAUUGCAAUGAUCGAGGAGGCUCCAGAAAGUCAAGGAAUGUGGAACGGGAUCUAUGAAGCCGGCUUCGCGCACUGCCAGUCACUGGCGCGAGCCAGUGGUGGUUCAGAGUCCACAAGGGAAGCGAAUUGGAAGUGGGCCGGCGACCGGGCGUGCAAGUUGGCAGACACCAUGAAGGCAGAGGACCUGGCGCGCUGCGCGGGCGCCUUCGCGUCCGCAGAGCAGCGAGACUUUCGGGUGCUGUUUCUGCUGGCCGAGGAAGCCAUCGCCAAGGCACCCAGCUUCGAAGUUGCCGAGGCAGUUCAGAUGCUGGAAGCUUAUGCUGCGCUGAAUGUACGCAAUGAACACCUCUUUGAGGCGCUAACGAAGCGCCUGCUGACUGAAGAACAGCCCAUGGCAGGGGAGGUCUUACAGCGUGUGCUGCUGGCCCACCGGAGCUUGAAGCUCAUGGAGCUGUCCACGUGCCGCGACGGGAAGACGUUUUCUGAAGUAUGCAGCUUUGGAAGAUUUGCAAAGUCGACAUGACGGGCGGCCGAUGACUGAAAAUUGUCCCUGAAAA